UAUUAUCGGUGUUGAACGUGAACCAAUUAUCAGAAUCAUAUAACAGCCAGCCUGACAGUCCUAUGAUGUAAUCCCGAUGAGGUCACCGAAGCCAGAUUAAAUGAAGUCAUAAAGGCUGAUAUUUGGUCAAUGAAGGCGGCAUGUGCAUUCAUGAAGGCUGUGUUUUGAGUUUUAAAAGCUCACUCCCAGUCAUGAAGGCUUAUGUUUAUAAAUCACUGUCCACAUACAAUAUUGUCAUUUGCAUGUCGAUAAAAUUUGUCACCAUGCGAGUACCAGAAAGAAUGACCUUAAUCAGGCAGGGUAAUCGAUGUUUAGCACGCUUUAAGACAAGGAGAUGGAAUCAGACAACAUCUCAACGGCAACUCCUGAAAAUUCAAAUUUAUCUACCUCGGAGGAAAAAAUGGACGAAAAAAUGGACUAUGUCAUGCUGUCUUCUCCAGUUGGGCAAAUGUACACAAGUGAUCAGGAGCAAGGUGAGCAACGAGAAACGAGCCCUGAAAACUCAAAACACCAGAUCGGUUCCACAGCCUCCCCCCCCGCCAAAAUACGCUUGGAUGAUAAACUCCAGGCUGCAAUAAAAAGCGCUUCCAAAAUCGUGUAUGAGGGCUUUCUUCAAUACAUUGAUUUCAAAGGAAAUGUAGAUGUGGCAUCCAAAUCCUCAAGAUCAUCACCCUACGAUGAGCCGAAGAGAGAUGUGUCACCGGCUGCCCCUUUUGAGGGAUUAUAUCCUGAGGAUAGUGAUUUGGACCUACCAGCCGCUGAAAUCAUCAAAUCAUCCCAAGAGGAACACAGUGAAGAACCAUUUUCUGUCACCAGGAGAAGCCCCACUGGGCAAGAAUUGGAUCACAAAGUUGGCACGCCAACAGAAAAUGUGUUAGAGGAGCAGUACAGUGAAGCCGGACUAUCUUUGGGCUCUACUUAUCUGGAGUCAGAUGCUCUCGAGGUUGAUAAUAACUUAGAUGAGAAGACGCCAUUGAACCCCUUGAGUUCAUCACCACGAGAGGAGCCGGAUGGGGAGGAAUCACAACUCCCAAACUCUGCCUGUCAGUCAGACGCUGAGGAGGUUGAUAGAGAUGCGGAUGAAGAGACUGUAUUAACAUCUUGGGGUGAUGGGAAUGCAACACCACCUUCUUACUCCAUGAGCCAGGGAUUUGAUCCCUUCUCCGUUGGCAGUGAUGUGGAUGAAGAGAAACCAUCCAUGAGUAAAUCACCAAAAGAGGAGCAGUUGGGGGAGAAAACGCCAUCCCCAACUUCUUCUUGUCAACUCUCAGAUGGUGUAGCGCUUGAUAGUAAUGUGGAAGAAGAGAAACAAUCGAAAUUCUUCAGUCUGUCACCUAGGGAUGGGGAUGCAACACCACCUUCUAUCUCUACUGGUCAGGAGUUGGAUCCUUUGGAUGCUGCCAGUGAUGUGGAUGAAGAAAACCAGUCAGAAUACUUGAGUCUAUCACCAAAAGAUGAGCACGAUGACAAAACACCCCCAACCUCUCCCAUGAUUGAUCAAGAGCCUCCGACUGAUGUGAAUGACGAGAAUCCUUCAAAACUUUUGAAUCGAUCACCCCCAACGUCUCCCAUGAUUGAUCAAGAGCCUCCGACUGAUGUGAAUGAUGAGAAUCCAUCAAAACCUUUGAAUCUAUCACCUAUAGGUGAGCAAUAUAAUGACGCAACAUCACCUUCUCCCUCUAUUGGUCGAGAGUGUGAACCUCUGGAGGUUGACUGGGCGACUGUGGAUGAAGAGAGAUUUACAAAAUACUUGAGUCUAUCACCUAUAGCUGAGCAAUAUAGUGAAGAAGGACUAACCUCUCCCUCAAUUAGUCAAAGUGUUGAACGUCAGGGGGUUGACAGCGACAUAGACGAAGAGAAAGAAUCAAAAUCCUUGAGUCCAUCACCAAAAGAUGAGCAAUAUGGAGAAACCCUACCACCCUCAAACUCAAUUAGUCAAAGUUUUGAACAUCAGGGGGUUGACAGCGACGUAGACGAAGAGAAAGAAUCCAAAUCCUUGAGUCCAUCACCAAAAGAUGAGCAGUAUGAAAAAACACUACCGCCCUCAAACUCCAUUGGUCAGGGUCUUCUUGAAGUCCUCAGUGAUGUGGAUGAAGAGAAACCAUCAGAAUCCUGGAGUCCGUCACCACCUGGUGAGCAUUAUAGUGAUGCAACAUCACCCGCUACCUCUCUUGGUCGAGAUUUUGAACCUCUGGAGGUUGAAAGUGUUGUGGAUGAAGAGAAACCAUUGAGCGUAUCACCAAGAGAGGAACAUGAUGAGAAUGUAACAGCAUCCUCUAUUUCCACGGAUCACGAUCAUCUGGAUGUUGAUAUUGACUUAGCAGAGCAGAAAAGGGAUGGAACUCCACCUUUGAGUUCCACUCAGGAAGUAGCUCUUGUGGAGGUUGAUAGUGACUUGGUUGAGGAAAAAUCCUCAGAAUCAUUGAGCCCUUCACAACCGGAGGAGCAGGAAAUGGGUGAAUCUCCACACCACUUUGUUUUUCCAGACCUCGAUGCUGCUGAAAAAGAGAUUGAGAAUGUAGUGUCAAACUCCUUACACGCAUCACCACGGGAGGAGAACAGUAAUGGAGGAUCUCCUAAAAGCGAUCUGGUUUCCCACCAAGAUUCAUCACAUGAAUUCACAGGACAUGGAAGCCACUCUCCAGAGUGUUGCAAUGAUGCAGAUAAAGCAGACUCAAGUUCCCCUCUUCAAGACUUACUUCCAGCGGCUGAUGAUGGUGGUGUCAUACUCCCUGAAGACGACCACGAGGAUUCAAUUCCAGAAUCUUUCAAACCAAAGAGCAGCUCUCAAUCCUCAUCACCCUCCUCAGCGUGCUCAGAUGUCGACAUCAGGCCUACCUCCACUUCCAUCUGCGAGGCCUCUAUUCACGAAGAUGACAUCACACCAAAUGAAGACACUGCAUACGAACUGAGGCCAUCUCUAUCAAUAGAGGAGCUUACGGAUCUAGCUGACACGUUUGAGGAUUUCGGGAAGGAAAACGUCAACAAGACAAGCCCACAUGACGAGGCACUUUUAGUACAAGAGCUGUCACAAAACGCAAGUUCUGCAUCGCCCGAGUGCACCCAAGAUCUCAUUCCUGAGGCUACCACCCAUCAAGAUCUGCACACGGACAAAGAUAGCGUCAACGAGCAAACUGAGCAAGAACAGUCGUCAAGACAUCCAAAAUUAACAUCAUUUCCGCAAAUUAUAGAGAGGUGCUUGAGUGACGCAAUGAAAACAUGCUCCAGCGCCAUACUUCAAGCUCUACUCAAUCAAGCAACGGAGUACUCGGCCACUGUGAAAGUAGGCAAAGGGUCAAAACAAGGAAAGGACAUUCCACAAUUUAAAAAUAAUGCGACAACUUCGGCAGAACAACAAGCGCAUUCACGUUCAAAACAUUUGGAACACAAGCGUUGCCAACGAGGAGCCUGCAGAGACAUUCUCAAUAAACAUCCCGAAAAGUCCACGGCAGCCCCGGAUCGUCAUCACGAUGACGGUGAGAUCCUGGCAGACAUCUUACCGAAAAGUCAGAUUUGCAAAGUUCACCCGAUUGUAAACAAAAUGGAGGAUGACAGUGAACACCCUUGUCCACACUAUCUUUUUGAGGUUCCUAAAACUGAAAAGACAAACGAGGCCAAGAAUGCGCAGUCAACUACCAAAGAAAAUGUUACUCGUGAAAGCAAGAAGAAAAGAGAGCACAAACGUAAGUCCUCAAAGGACUCGACGAGAAGUCGAAAAUUAAAAAACAGAGUGGUUCAUGGUACGACGCUGGUACCCCAACAACAACUCCCAGUACUAGACUCAACUUGCCGGGAAAAAAAAUAUUUUCUGAAGGUAAAAAACUUCUUUGCCAGGAUGAGGAGGUGCCAAGUGUGUCCCAAGAAAUGGAAAUUGUAAAGAUAAAAACACUAAAUUCUCCGUUUUCAAAAAACUUUGUAAAUUGAUUUGGCGAUGGUAAAACAAAUAGCAUAGCUCUAUUUAGUCAUCAAUGUCAUACAUGUUAUGAUGAUCUGGACCAUGAGCACUGACAACAGCAAGAACUACAGCAUAUCGAUGAGUUUAGAAGGAUUUCCAGGGAGGAAGACGAAGAAAAGUCACUCCUUUACUGGAAUAUGAAUGUGGGCAAGUACAGAGUCAAUAUUUGCUCCGUAGCACUCAAACAAAAAGAAAAGAAAAACAUGAUCAGGCUUGGUUUCCCUCUCUCAAGGUGAAGAAAACCGAUGAUCCUGCUAGUUUUCAGUUCCUCAAUUUUGACCAUUUUUGAGCAGCUGAAAAGGAAAAUAAAACUUUCCCCCAUCUGC